UAAAAGGCGAUCCAGGAACCAAGUUCAUCACUGUCGCACGAAAUCAUUACUCACCCACGCUUUCAUCUUCUCCCUGCCACCCUGCGUAGCAAUGGAAACAGUUCAAUUUAUUUUCGCUAAUGGUGGAGCUGGAGAAGCAAGCUAUGCAAACAAUUCCUCCUUUCAAUUUCGUGCAGAGUAAGAUGAUAUCAAAAGUGAAACCCAUCCUGGAAGAAAGUAUGAAGUCCCUGUACUGCAACUCUGUCCCGAGCUGUUUCAGAGUGGCUGAUCUGGGCUGUUCUUCGGGACCAAAUGCACUUCAGGCGGCGUAUGAUGUUAUCGAUGUUGUUCAUAACAUAAGUCGCAGCUAUAACCGUGAGCCACCCAUCACAUUCCAAAUUUACCUGAACGAUCAAUUUCAAAACGAUUUCAACAACAUCUUUGAGGCCCUACCUUGCUUCUACGAGAGGCUACGAGAAGAAAUGGGAGAGGGAUUUGGUGCAUGUUUCGUCAAUGCAACACCCGGAAGCUUUUAUGGGAGACUCUUCCCGACCAACUCCAUGCACUUUUUUCACUCUUCCACCAGUCUCCAUUGGCUCUCUCAGGCUCCGAAAGGAUUGAUUAACAAGGAAAACAUUUACUUCACCAACACGAGCCCAUGCACAGUGUACCAAGCUUACCUUGAUCAGUUCAGUGAAGAUUUCAAUCUGUUUCUAAAAUCACGAGCGGAGGAACUAGUGCAUGGUGGUGGUAUGGUUCUAACAUUUGUUGGCAGAGAUGAAACUUCCGACAUAAUCACUCCUUGGGGGUUGAUUGGUUUGGUUCUCAAUGACAUGGUUUUGGAGAGUUUGAUUGAAGAGGCAAAGUUAGAGUCCGUUAAUAUGCCAAGAUAUGGUCCUACUGCUGAUGAAGUUAAGCAAUUGAUUGAUGCAGAAGGGCGUUUUACUCUUGAAAAGUUGGAGACAUUCAAGUCGAGAUGGGAUGAGGGCUUGAAAGAAAAUGGUAACAGUGAUAUGGCUUUGGAUGUAAAUGUCAGAGCCAAUUUCAUAGCCAAAUACGUGAGAGCUACUACCGAACCUUUUCUGACUUCACGGUUUGGAGAAGGUAUAAUCGAUGAAUUAUUCCUUAGAUUCGGAAAGAAGGUUGCCAAACUGUUGGAGGAACAAAAAUUAGAGUAUACUUAUCUGGUCAUCUUCAUGACAAAAAAGUGAAUGAGCAACGUAAUUUAAGCUUAGUAUCCAAAAUUCACCUGACAUGUUUACGUUCACCUUCUAUCUCGUUUAUCAAGUUUAUAUAUAGUUUACGUUGCAGGGAGUCCACGUAUAAUAUGAAUUUUCCUGUGUCAUCUGAAAGUUGAAGUUAUCAUGCCCCCCACAACUUCAUCGCAAUGUAAUUG